AUGUCUUAUUCAUCAAGAUAUUCAUCUAGCAUAUCAUCUACAGUACGUUCUUCAGGAAUUGGUGGUACUACAACAAAUACAUCCCAAUACUAAAGUACCAGUACAGCUGAUGUACCUCAAAGACCUAGCACUUAGCGUAAAUCCAUUAUGUACUUAUCUAUUCAUUAUAUUAAAGGGUAAAGGGUUAAUAGGAAGCUGUGAAUGUGAGUGUACCUCCCCCAUCAAAGGAACGAAAAUGGCUUGGUGAGAAGCCUGAAGUUGUGUGCUUUUUACUUGCUUUAGAAGUAGACAGACUACAAAGAGAAAACUCAGAUCAAAGAACCAUAAUAAAUGAGUUGUAAAGUAAUUACACAAAAUUGCAAAGUGAUUAUACAAGUUUGUAGGACAAGUACAAUAUUGAAAUGUAACAAUAUAAGUAAGAGAGAUGAGUUAAUUAUUAGGACUACGAUAGAUUAGCAGAACAUAAGAAUAAAGUCACUUGAAGAUGAAAUCAAUCAAUAUAAAUCAAAGUUGGGAUAAGUAGAUAAUUCAUUGGCUAGUAAGUUAUAGUAGGCUGAGUAGAGAAUUAAAGAUUUGGAACGAUAAUUGAAGGAUUAGGAAAGUAAAUAUACAUUAGAAAUAAAUAAUCUAAAGUCUUCUUGGAGUACUGAAAGGAGUAAUUAUGAGAGUGAGAUUAAGAGAUUGAAAUUGGAUAUUGAGAAUUAUUUGAAGUAGAUACAAGAUUUGAAAGGAAAUUCAUCUUCAGAAGUAGAUAGAUUGAAUAAGAGAAUCAAAGAAUUGGAAGCUUAGAUUUAAGAUUAUAUUCUGAAAAUAAAAAAUUAUGAAAGUUAGAUAUCUGAUUUUUAAACUAAAUUAAGGGAAUGGGAAGCUAGAGGAAGAGAUUAUGAUUCUAAAAUAGCACAAUAUUAAUCUGAUUUAGAUUCUUUGAGAAAUCAAUUAAGAGAUCGUGAUUCAGAAAUUGAACGUUAUAAACGUGAUUUAGAUGAUUGGAGAAAUAAGUACAGUGACUUGGAAUUACAAUUUUCAAAAUAUAAAUCUAAUUCAGGAGGUGAAACUGAAAGACUCAAUGGUUUGUUGAGAGAUAGAGAAAAUGAUAUUAAUAAAUUACAAUUGGAGUUAAGAAACACAAUUGAUUAAUGGACAUCUAAAUAUGAAACUCUAGAAAAUCAAUACAGAUAAGCAUAGAGUGAAAUUGAGAGAUUGAAUGGAGUGGUUAGAAAUUUAGAAGAUGAAAUCAAUAGAUUAAGAUAACUUAUUGAUUAAAUGUAAAGAGAAAUUGAUGAUUGGAGAUUGAAAUAUGGAGAUUUAGAAAAUAAAUAUAAUUCAGCUAUUAGAAAUUAUGAAUCUUAAAUUAAUGAUCUUAAUUCUCAAUUAAGGUAAUAUUAAUCAGAUCUUGAUACUUGGAGAAAUAGAUAUGGAUAAUUAGAGAAUGAGAAUUCUAAUUUAAAGAAUAAUAGUUCAGGAUAGGAUAAUUUUAUUAAAGAAUAAGAAAGUAUUAUAAGAAGAUUAGAAUCUGAUUUAUAAAGGGCAUAAGAUAUCAUUGCUUAGAAAGAUUAAGAGUUGAAUCGAUUAGCUAAUGAUCUAUCAAAUGCUGAAUCUAGAAUUAGAGAAUUGGAAUUCCUUGUUUAAUAAUUAUAAGCUUAAAUUGAUGAUUAUCGUAAAGAAAUUGAGAGAUUAUAAUAAAUGAUUUAAGAAAGAGAUCAUAAUCUUGAUAUGGCUGAAAAGGAUUUAGAAGAGGCUGAUAGAAAAAUCAAUUAAUUAUAAAAUGAAAAUGAUACACUUAAUGAAGAAUUGAGAGAUUAUAGAUAGAAUUAUGAUUAAGUAUUAAAGGAUAAUGAAUUAUUAGAAAAAAAAAUCAGUGAUCUUGAAUCUAAAACAGUAUUUUUAGCAUAAGAAAUAGAUAGAUUAAAACUUAUUUUAGAAAGAAGAAAUAAAGAGAUUGAAGAUCUAAAAAGUUAGAUUUUAAAGUUGAAAGCUGAAAUUGUUAUUCUUGAAAAAUAAAUUACAGAAUUCCGUCAAAAAUUGGAUGAUAAAUUAAAAGACUAUGAUGAUUUAAAUAAAAAACUUAUAGAGAGAGUAUUAGAAGUUUAAUAAUUGAAUUCUUAAUUAAUGAUUUUGAAUCAAUAACUUGUUUAAUUAUAAUCAGUAAAUGAAAAAUGUAAAAGUUAAGAAGAUUAAAUCAAGGAUUAUCUAAGAUAAUUAGAUGAAUUAACAAGAUAAUUGAAUAAGGCUCAAUAAGAAAUUAAUUUAUUAUAAGGAUUUAAGGAUAGAUUACCAGAAGCAGAUAGAAAAAUUUAAGAACUUUUAAAAGAAAUUGAUCGUUUACAAUAACUUUAUAAGGAUAAGGUUACUGAAAAUGAUGUUUUAUCAUAAAAACUUAGUACAAGUGAAGUUGAAUUAAAUAGAAUUAGAUUGAUUGAAAAAUAGUUUAAUGAUUUUAAGAAAUAAGCAUAAACAACUGAAUAAGAAUUUACAAGAAUUAAAUAAACAUUUGAAUAAAAAGGAAAUGAAAGUGAUAAAUUAAAAUAAACAAUUGCAAGUUUAGAAUAAUAAUUAUAAGAUAGGAAAGUUAUGUAAGAUAAAUUAAAAGUACUUGAAUAACAAUUAGGUAACAAUUUAUAGUUAUAAUUAUUAGCAUAAGCUCAAAAAGAUUUAACAAAUUUAACUAAAGAUAGAGAUAAAAAAGAUUAAGAAUUGUAAAAAUUGAAAGAUUAAAUAGCUGUAUUGUAAAGUACAUUGAAAACUAAAGAAGAUUAAUUUAAUUAACUUAAGUAAUAAUUUGAUUAGAAUGUGAAUGAAUUAUCUAAAUAAAAAUAAACAUCAGGAUAAUUAGAAGCAAAAGCAUCACAAAUAGGAUUGAUGAAUGAUAAAUGGACAAGUUCAGAAAAAUAGAAUAAAUAACUAUAGACAGAUAAUGAUAAAUUAAAGAAAGAUUUAGAAUUAAGAACAAAAGAAAGAGAAUAAUUGAAAUUAGAUAAAGUUCAAUUAGAAAAUGACUUAUUAGCUUUCAAAUCAUAGGUUAGAAAAUGAAG